UUCUAAUGUAUUCCUUUUCUUCCUCUCCCUACUGCCCUCCCCCUUCUCUCCCUCAUCCGUCCUCCCUUGACCUUAUGUGGUCGUCCCUCCUCCUUUUCCUUUUGCCUUGUCAAUAUCCUCCUCCAUCAUCCUUUAUCCUACCACUUAUAUAACAUACAUCUGCCCCUUUCUCUGGCCCCCAAUGCACAUUUUGCUGCUCGACUGUUCCACUCUCCUGGUUUCUCUCUUGUCCUCUCUUUCCUCUCACUCUUCCUGUCUUUUUCUGUCCACCUAUCAUGUCCCCCUGACCCCUGCCCACGCUUCCUUCCCUGCAUAUGCCACAUUUUUCUGUCCCCUUGGAACCCACAACCACUUCCUUUGCCUCCUCCUCACUUAACUGUUCUUUAUCUCAUGUGUGCCUGCUUUGCUUGUACCCUUCCCCUCGCUCUUUUUUUCUGUUGCUUCUUUGCACACCCACUUUCCUCAUCACAUUCAUUUCCUGCUGUCUUUUUGCUCCGGACCUCGUCCCUUCUGUCCCACCUGUCCUUGUCCAUGGCUCCCUAUCCUCUGUCUGUCCAGUGCCCAUGGGGGCCUUCCCCCCACCCCUGCAGCAGGUGUUCCAUGCCCCCCGCCGGCCAGGCAUGGGUACCGUGGGCAAGCCCAUCAAGCUGCUGGCCAACUACUUCGAGGUUGAGAUCCCAAAGAUGGACGUCUAUCACUACGAGGUGGACAUCAAGCCCGACAAGUGCCCACGGAGAGUCAACAGGGAGGUGGUGGAAUACAUGGUGCAACACUUCAAGCCCCAGCUCUUUGGCGACAGGAAGCCGGUGUAUGACGGCAAGAAGAACAUCUACACGGUGCUAGCGCUUCCUAUUGGGAGUGAGAAGGUGGAUUUUGAGGUAACAAUCCCAGGUGAGGGUAAAGACCGAAUCUUCAAGGUGUCCAUCCGUUGGCUGGCCAAAGUGUCAUGGCGCCUGCUGCAGGAGACUCUGGUCAGCGGUCGGCUGCAGGUCCCCCUCGACUCGGUUCAAGCCCUUGACGUGGCCAUGCGCCACCUGGCCUCUAUGAGGUACACUCCAGUGGGCCGUUCAUUUUUCUCCCCACCUGAAGGAUACUACCACCCACUGGGUGGGGGGAGGGAAGUCUGGUUUGGCUUCCACCAGUCUGUGCGCCCCGCCAUGUGGAAGAUGAUGCUUAACAUUGAUGUGUCCGCCACGGCCUUCUACAAAGCUCAGCCUGUAAUUGAGUUCAUGUGUGAAGUUUUGGACAUUCGUAACAUCGACGAGCAGCCGAAGACGCUCACCGACUCGCAAAGGGUCCGCUUCACCAAGGAGAUUAAAGGUGGGCUACAGACCAGCCUGAAGGUGGAGGUGACCCACUGUGGCCAAAUGAAGAGGAAGUAUCGUGUAUGCAACGUCACCCGACGACCUGCCAGCCACCAAACGUUUCCCCUCCAGCUCGAAAGUGGGCAGACAGUAGAAUGUACAGUGGCCCAGUACUUCAAGCAGAAGUACAACCUGCAGCUAAAAUACCCCCACCUACCCUGUCUACAGGUGGGGCAGGAGCAGAAGCACACCUACCUGCCUCUGGAGGUGUGUAACAUUGUAGCAGGACAACGGUGCAUCAAGAAACUGACAGAUAAUCAGACCUCCACGAUGAUCAAAGCCACAGCUCGCUCUGCACCCGACAGACAAGAGGAGAUCAGCAGGCUGAUGAAGAACGCUAACUUCAACCUGGACCCGUACAUUCAGGAAUUUGGGAUCAAGGUGAAAGAUGACAUGGCUGAGGUGACGGGCAGGGUGCUUCCUGCCCCCAUCCUGCAGUACGGAGGACGGAACCGUGCCAUAGCAACCCCCAACCAGGGUGUGUGGGACAUGAGGGGGAAGCAGUUUUAUAACGGCAUUGAGAUCAAAGUGUGGGCGAUUGCCUGCUUUGCCCCCCAGAAACAGUGCAGAGAAGAGGUGCUCAAGAACUUCACGGACCAGCUGCGUAAGAUCUCUAAGGACGCUGGGAUGCCCAUCCAGGGCCAGCCAUGUUUCUGUAAAUACGCCCAGGGAGCGGACAGCGUGGAGCCCAUGUUCAGACACCUGAAGAACACCUACUCUGGACUGCAGCUCAUCAUCGUCAUCCUACCAGGAAAAACUCCUGUCUAUGCCGAGGUGAAGCGUGUGGGAGACACCCUGUUGGGCAUGGCCACGCAGUGUGUCCAGGUGAAGAACGUGGUGAAGACGUCCCCUCAGACCCUCUCCAACCUCUGCCUCAAAAUCAAUGUGAAGCUGGGAGGCAUCAACAACAUCCUGGUGCCUCACCAAAGGUCAGCAGUGUUCCAGCAGCCGGUUAUCUUCCUGGGAGCAGACGUCACGCACCCCCCUGCUGGAGAUGGCAAGAAGCCCUCCAUUACUGCUGUGGUAGGCAGUAUGGAUGCUCAUCCCAGCAGAUACUGUGCCACAGUGCGAGUCCAGAGACCCAGGCAGGAGAUCAUUGAAGACUUGUCUUACAUGGUGCGUGAACUGUUGAUUCAGUUCUACAAGUCGACCCGGUUCAAGCCCACCAGGAUCAUUUUCUACAGAGAUGGAGUUCCUGAGGGACAGUUGCCACAGAUUCUCCACUACGAGCUCCUGGCCAUCAGAGACGCGUGCAUCAAGCUGGAGAAAGACUAUCAGCCAGGCAUCACCUACAUUGUGGUGCAGAAACGCCACCACACACGCCUCUUCUGUGCUGACAAGUCUGAAAGGAUUGGGAAGAGUGGGAAUAUACCUGCAGGGACUACAGUGGACACCAGCAUCACUCACCCCUUUGAGUUUGACUUCUACCUUUGCAGCCACGCAGGCAUACAGGGUACCAGCCGGCCGUCUCAUUACUACGUCUUAUGGGACGACAAUCGUUUCACGGCUGAUGAGUUGCAGAUUCUCACUUACCAGCUGUGCCACACGUACGUGCGCUGUACCCGCUCAGUCUCCAUCCCUGCUCCAGCUUACUAUGCUCGUCUCGUGGCCUUCCGUGCCCGCUACCAUCUCGUGGACAAAGAACAUGACAGUGGAGAGGGCAGCCAUGUGUCUGGUCAGAGUAACGGUCGGGACCCCCAGGCGCUGGCUAAAGCUGUUCAGAUCCACCACGACACCCUGAGGACCAUGUACUUCGCCUGAGCUCCACCAACCAUUGCCACCAUCGACCCCUCCCACCUCAUUUCUACCUGAGUGGGCAUAUGUCCCACCACCACCACCUCAUCCCCAUCCCUUAUUCCCAAUGACUGCCCACUACACAUACUCCACAGACCUGCCAGUCAUUCACCCAAGCCCAAGAAACAUAAGGCCCUUCACCUGUAAAACACAGGCAGACUCUACAGCCUCAUGCACUCAAACGGUUAUGAAUAUUACUAUUAUUGUCAUUUUGUUGUUUUUACUUUACCAGGACUAUUGCUCUUUUUAUGUAGAAUUUUUAAACGUGGGUAUUAUUAUGUAAUUGUAUUGUGCGCUACCUUCACACUCCUGUGUAUGUAAGUAUGCAAUACGGAUGGGAGGAAAAUAGGCGAGAAAAAGAGAAAAAAAAAAAAUCACAAAAAACUUUUUUAACUGCCACCACGAUGCUGCCUCUUCACCCAUCCGAAUGCCGGAUGCCAGUGUUCCAAGCCCCUUAAAAUGGGGAUCCUCCAGGGGGUGGUACUGGGCACGCACACUUACAAGUAUCAUUUUAUCGUUGUCAUGAACUACAUUCAUGUUUUUAAUGUUUUUUGAAUAAUGUUAUUUUUUUAAACUGCCUUGAGGAGUCUGAGGUAUGGUACAUUAGCACUUAGUGUUAGCAUGUAGGUGCCACCAGUCCUGCACAUAAGAUUUGUUAGUACAUGUGAGACUAGCCCUCUGGUCUUUAUAUUAGCAGAGACAGAAAGAGCAGGUGUAGCAUAUCGUAGAUACAGGAGAGAAGUCCUGCCGCACUCUCUGUGCUGGUUGGCCAGUCCCUUAGAGAUUUAGCCUAUAGAGGCAAGCUUAGCAUAACAAUAGAGGGACCAUUUGCAUAGAGUGUAUCAAAUAUACUUGCACCCCAUGCACCUAAACCAGCAUUAUUAACCAGCCAAAAGUGAUGCCAACCAAUAGAAAAGGGGCACUUAAACAGGAAGAUAAUCUUUCGUCUCUGUAUGCGUUGCUCUUUUAGGAUUUACGAGGCACUUUUUUUUAUUUACUUAUCGAUUUAUUUUACUUCAAAAACGGUGAGACUUGUCUGUCCCGAAGCUUGACACAGACUAGUUUGAAGUUUUCACACCCACACCUGCAUAGCUUUCAGAAUAAGUAGGUAACUAAGGCAAUAGGCAAGGUCAACACUCCUCUGUAGAUUUGAAUGCAGGCAAAUAAAAAGUCUGAUCACUUAAGUGCUGCAAAGCUGAACUCUCAUUCAGCGAUUGACCUUGCUCUGAUCAUUCUGCACAUUCCAGCAUGUAUCAGUGGAGAUGACGCCACACAGUGCACUCAAGACUUCCACCUGCGCACCUGUUUGCGUACCUACACACACACACACACACACACACACACACACACACACACACACACACACACACACACACACACACACACACACACACACACACACACACACACACACCUAUCCCCAUUCUUACACAAAGCUCUUCCCUCUGCAGGCAUUUACAACUCAUAGCCUGAACAGCAGAAGCACACACAUAUCUGACCUUUCCGUCUCUUUCUUAGCAUGUAGAGACCAACCUCCUCAAAUGCACUUGUCCCCUUAUCUCCCUCCAAGCCAAACUAUCACUCAUCAUCACCCUCUCCAUCAUCACCUCCUACCCUUGCCGUCUAUUCUCACUUUAAAAUCACACACCUGCAGCAUCCCCUGCCCCAAUCCCCUAGCUUGUGUUAGCCAAUCCCUAUUGGUGCUCUGUGUGCAUGGGCGGCACAGAUAGGGGAUUGCUACAAUGGACAGGGUGGGCCACUAUUACUCCUACUUUAUGUGCCCUGCCUUCACAUCUAGUCACUUUCUGGAUUUAUGAAAAAAAUGCAUGUAAUUAUUUUUUAUGACUGGAUAUUCUGAGCCACCUUAUUUUGGUUUCUUUAGAGGUAGGAGCCUUGCGCUCGAAACUGCCUGUCAGUCGUUUUGCCUCGAUUGUGUAAUGGUUGUAAGGACUGCUUUUUCUUUUGUCAUUAUUAUUAUUAUUAUUAUGAAUAUUGUGACUAGUGUCAGAGUGUAUCCUCAAGAGGGCACUGUGGAGACAGUCUCAAAAUUCCACCUCAUUUGCCCUUUAAGCGCCUCAAAUCUUGUCUGAUGGUCAGAGACCCUUUGAGCUGAAAGGGAUCAAAGGAUAAGAGAUCGGAUGAGUUUGAUUUUUAAAUCAUGUUUAUUAACUUGCAUAAUCAAAAUGCCUUUGUACACCGUUUUACUGAUCCUUCAUUGUGUCCAAGGUGAUUUGUAUAUAUAAAUAUAUAAUAUUAACCUGUUAUGUAUUUUGGCUCACCAGUUGCCGGGCCUUUCACAGUUGGGGCCAGUGUUUUACCCCUCA